AUGACGUCUAAAAUCAACGCGAAAACUACCAAUAGCGGCCACAAGAUGCCGGCAAAAGUAACAUGUUACAAAUGCAAAAACAUAGUUGACAAAAAACAAACUGCGUUAUGUUCAAUAUGUAAAAACAGGUAUGAAUUAGAAUGUGAUGGAUAUCCGGAAAAAACAUACCGCCUAUUGGAUCAGGCAGCAAAAAAGAAGUGGCGAUGUAAAAUGUGUAUUAAAAAUAAAAAAGACAUCAACAGCGACAUGCAUAAUAUCACAACGAGAAAGAAACCUAAUCUCACAAAACAAUGUACUUCGCCUUCACCAGAAAAACCACCAGAAAAAUUACAAUGUUUUGAAUCAUCACAGUUAUCGGACCAGAAUACUUCUUACGUGCUGGAUUCUCACAUACUUACCGAUUACAAUAUAACAGAUGAGUCAUUUACCACGCCUAGUAAACUGUCGAAAAGUGUAGACGGGACCGUUACUGACAUAACAUCAAUCUCAGAUAUGAAAAUAACGGUAUCUCAGUUAACCUGUACACUUGAAAGUACUCAAAAUGAAUUAGAAAAUUUGAUAUUAGAAAAUAAUGAUCUGCACAGACAAAUACAUAAAUUAACAUCGGAAAAUAAAAUUUUAAAAUCACUCUGCCAUUCUCCUACAGCAAUAGAAGGUAGUCCUGGAAUUUUUAAUAAAAAUAAGAAGAAAAGAAACUCCUUAUUAAUUCCUAGCGUGUCCUCUGUACCAUCUUCACCAACAAUCAAGUCACACGUCAAUUCUCAUACUAACACAGUAAUAUUGUGCCUGCAACGAAAAAUUAGCGACUUGCAAAAACAACUUAAGGAAGCAGAAAAAGAGAUCACAGGUCUUACGGAAAAAAAUAAAGAAUCUGACACAAAAAAUGUACCUUAA